AUGGCGAGAGAAAUUACGCCGGUGAAUGUCGUGAGAAACCCGCCGCGGCGAGGAAAAAAAAAAGACGGGAACUCGACGGUGACGAACGAAUUCCUCGGCGGAGGAGACACGUCCAGCGCGCAUUUAGGUUCAGUCGCGAUUAAGCCACUAUCUCAAUUGACCUCUGGCCCCACCACGACCACCACUACCACCCUCUCUCGCUUCGUUAUCUCCGAUGAGUAUGGACUGACCCUCACGGCGGCUUUCUUUCACUUGACUACGAACCACCGUUCGCCAAAGAUGAACCGAAACAUCGUGCUCGCCGCCCUGGUCUUGUCCGUCGUCUACGCGGAAGUUGUUCAUUUCACAUCGUGUCCACCCGAUCCCGAUGUCGUUGAAGCAUGCACCGUAAACGAGGUGCGUGUAGAUCCGUGCAGAGAAGCCGAGGAGCGAAAGCCUUGCGGAUUGAAGAAAGGUCGCAAUGCGAGCAUAAGCUUCGACUUUACUCCUGAGUUCGGCGGAGAAUACUUAGAGACCAGAGCGUACUGGGCGUCCGAAGUCGUUGAUCUGCCGUUCCUGGGUAUGUCGAGUAACGCGUGCGAGUCAACAACUUGCCCGGCUACGCCGAACCAGAAACAGACUUACUCGGUGAUAUUGCCCAUCUCGAAGAAAUUCCCUAUGCGAACUUACAAUCUCAAAUGGAAAUUGUGGAACGAACAGCGGCAGCAUUGUUGUUUCAUGUUCCCCAUUAAGUUGCUGAAAUGAAGUUGUUGUUUCCAAGUUGACCUUCGUCACACUUUCUUCCUCGUAAUGUGCCUGUAAUGUGUCGAUCAGUAAUUUAAAGAAAUAAACAAUGUAUUCGUGUUAGCGAUACGAUAAUUUUA